AUGACAAAGAAGCUCACUUUCAACCCGGCAGACAACCGGCGCCGACUGUUUGUCGCGGCCGUGUUGUCGGUGUUCAUACUCAACGCCCUGGCUGUGCUAUGGCUGCUGAUGCGCACCUGGGACAAUGAAGAGAUGAACAUCGAAGUACCCGGACUUGGAAUCUUCCGCGGGCUUCGGUCCAGCAUAGAGAACCGGCCCGUCUACACGUUCCGGGGUAUCCCGUUCGCCCGCAAUCCCGAAGGACCACUCCGGUUUGCGAAUGCUGCCGUGAUUUCCGAGGGCAAACACGCGGAAACAGACGCCAGGAUUCCGAAACCCGGAUGUGUCCAGAAAGCGUACACGGCAAAGGGUCAGGUAAUCCGGUCCAACGAGGACACGACCGAGGACUGCCUUCACCUGAACGUGUGGACGCCGUGUACGGAGUACACUACGCCGGGCUGCCGGAAGACAGUACUGGUGUUCUUCCACGCGAUCGAGUUCCAGAACGGCGACAAUAACUACUACGACGGCCGCUGGCUCGCGGGACUUGGUGAGCUCGUCGUGGUGGCGCCGAACUUCCGGCUGGGCGCCUUCGGCUUCCUCAACAUCGGGUGCCUCGUGAAGGGCGACAUCCCAUGCACUCCGGGAGACGUGGCCCUGGAAGACCAGCGCAUGGCCGUGCAAUGGGUGAUCGACCACAUCGCCAGCUUCGGGGGCAACUCCAGCGACGUGGUGCUCAUGGGCAGCGGGUCCGGAGCGUGGUCUGUGGGCGCGCAUCUGCUCAAGGACGAAACGACUCGGCCGCGCUUCUGGAGCCACGAGCGCUUCGCCAAAGUGAUCCUCAUGAGCGAGUCGCCAUUUCGCAGGUACUUUGACGACAAGUCUCACAAACUGCCGGCUCUGCUCAACUGCUCCCUCCGUGGCACAGUCGAGAUUCUGCAGUGCAUGAGGGCUAUUCCGUCGCGGGAGAUCGUUCGCGCCACCAGCGAAAUGGUGCACUACUUUGGACCUUCGGGCAGUGCCCACCCCGGCGUCAGCGAUGCGUGGAGGGUCACCGGGCGGCGGUUCUUGCUGGGCACCGUCAGCAGUGAAGGCACCCACCUUCUUGACUACCUCAAGCGGACUUCGCCGCCCGACACACGCAUGGACUAUGUUGUGCCCACAUUUCUAAACAUCAUCUACCACAUCAAGAACGCCAGGGAGGUCGUUGAUGCUUUUCGAAAGACUACUACGCCAUCCGAUAAUGUUACGGCGAGUGUCGACUCUUGGGCGUUAGAUCUGCUGGGCGACUUAUUCUACGCGUGCCCGUUGUUGAAGUUCGGGUACGAGCUCUCGGCCAGGCAGCGGAACCAGGUGUUCGGCUACGUGUUCGACCACAAGGCUACCUUCGCGCUUUUCAACGACACGACGGGGGCGGCGCGUUUCAUGGACCUGGACUUUGUCUUCGGCCGUCCAUUGGAAGGGUCGCGAGCAGCCACCGCUCAAGAACGGGACCUUAGCCGAAGAAUGAUCGACAUGUGGUCCACGUUCGCCAAGACGGGAAAUUUACCCUUCGUGCAUGGCCAGCCCUGGACAAGCUACAGGGACGACAAAAAAGAUAUACAAGUGCGCAUCGGGCUCACGACACUGGAUGAAGUGAGAGACUACCGGAAGAAUAGUUGCGCCAUCCUGCCAUCUUUUGUUGCGGAUCACACAGCGCUAACAGGGGGCGCAGCAGUUAGCGCAAAGGACGGCCAUGACAGUACAACGACGAAAGGUGGCAGAGUCUGA